ACCAACUCUUCACAAAUGACAUAUGACCGACUCGAAUUUCUAGGAGAUGCCAAUAUCGAGAAGUUUGCCACGGACCUGAUCUUCGAAAAGUAUCCGCAGCUUCAAGUCGGCGAGAUGAGCCAGCUUCGCGAGCAGCUCGUCAAGAACGAGACGCUCGCGCAAUAUAGCAAAGAGUAUGGUCUCGAGAAGAAGAUUAAGGCCAACGACAAGAAGAGCAUGCAAAAGGACAGUCAUGGGAAAGGCAACAAGGGCUGGACCAAGGUCAUUGCUGAUGUCUUCGAGGCAUACAUCGCAGCAAUCAUUUUAUCAAACGAAAAUAAGCGGACUGGUGAGGACAUUGCUGAGGCUUGGUUGAGAGAGCUGUGGACGCCACGCAUCGAGACGCUC